AUGAUCAAAUUAUCGAGACAAUUAGGUCAACAAGAUUUCAAGAGUGUCGACAGCCCGUGCGCAUCAGAAGUGAAGUUGGUGUCGAUGCAGGCGCCUACAAUAGGAGAGUGUCGUUUAGCAAUGCGCUUGAAAACAGAUCGAUCCUUGGUUGAAUGCCUGCUAAAGAAUGAAUAG